CCAGCCUGCCUACCCAGAGCACUAUGCCUAGGGGCAACAAGAGCAAGAGCCGCUCCAGGGCCAAAAGGCAGCAGGCCCGAGGAGAGAGCCAGAGUAUCCAGGGUGCUCAGCCCUCUGCAGAGGAGGAAGCAGCAGCGCCUCCUCUUGGCCAGGGAGAUGCCCCAAGAUCCCCUGAUGUUUGCACUCCUCGGGGAUCCCAGGAGGCUGCAUCCCAUGGCUCUCCUGAGUUAGAUGUCCCUUACUCAGGCUAUAAUAUUGAUGCUGAUGGUUCUGAGGUUGGUGCUGAGGGUUCUGUUGUUGGUGCUGAGCUUUCUGUUGCAGGCACUGAUGAGAAACGUGCAAAUGCCUGCAUUAUAGCAGAAGCUAUCGAUUCUGCACGCAGAGAUCCUAUGACCAGGAAGGCCAGCAAGCUACUUCACUACCUGCUGGAGAAGUACCAGAAGGAUGAGCAGCCUGUGGAAGCAGAUAUGCUGAAGCUGAUCAGCAGGAAGUACAAGGUGCACUUCCCUUGGAUCCUGGAGAAAGCCACCUAUCAGCUUGAGGUAGUCUAUGGCCUUGAGUUGAAGGUUGACAAACAUAACACUCAGGCCUAUGUUCUUGUUAACAAGUUACCCAUGCCACCUGGGACGAAUGAGGGUGGCAGGAAAGAGUUGCCAAAGACGGGUCUCAUACUGACCCUGCUGGGUAUGAUCUUGAUGAAGGGCAACAGUGCCAGUGAGGAAGAAGUCUGGCAGUUCCUCCAUAUGCAGGGGAUAUAUCCUGGGAGGAGGCACUUAAUUUUUGGGGAGCCCCGGAAGUUCAUUACCAAAGAGCUAGUUGAGCAAAAUUAUGUGGAGUACCGCCAGGUGCCUGGUAGCAAUCCCCCAAGCUAUGAGUUCCUGUGGGGUUCUAGGGCACGCAAUGAAGAUAUGAAGAUGAAAGUCCUGGAUGUUUUAGCUAAGAUCAAAAAUGCCAUGCCCAGUUUCUACCCUCAACAGUAUGAGGAGGCUCUCAGUAACCAGGCUGAGAGAGCAGCCAGAAGAGGUGAGGCUUCUGGUUACCAUGCUGCCAGGGUUCCCUGCCUUGGCCAAUCUAGCAGCUCCUCCCACACUUAGCUGGCC